GGUGAUGCAGAGAGGGAGGACACAGCUCCACAACUGCCAACAACUGCCCACUGGCUAGCCCCUGUCCUUAACCCUCGCCUCGCCACUCCCCACCGUCUCCACCACCAUCACUCAGCACUUCCCUCCACCUCCCUCAGUGGCAUUUGGGCGACGCGAUCAGCUGACGAUGUAAACAAGACGAAGCAUCAGCUGGAGGUCUGCCAAAGUUCGCUGAACAUCAACAACAAUCUUCGUUUCUUAUCCCGAAAAGAGAUAAAACACCAUCUUAUAAUAUCAACAUAAUCGUGAAUUACUGGGCAAAGUGUUAAGCAAUGAGGGCUGAACAGGACUAAGUGGUGUUGAGGAGGGGACACAGUAUAAUAGAAGAGAAAAGAGGUUGUGUAGGGUAAGGCUGGAACAGUGCAGCACUACGUCGCAGCAAUAUGGAUUCCUUAGAACUCUUCCGACAGUGCAAGAAAGGAAACAUUGAGGAAGUCAGGUACCUCGUAGAGCAACAGGAUGUUGAUGUCAACGUCCGAGACAACUGGGACAGCACUCCUUUGUAUUAUGCCUGCCUGUGUGGACAUCUACAGUUGGUUGAGUAUCUCAUUGGAGUUGGCGCACAUUGUGAAGCGAACACUUUUGAUGGUGAGCGUUGCCUCUAUGGGGCGCUGACUGACAGCAUCCGGAAGAUCCUGACUCAACACAACCUGGUCACGGCACACACCAUCAGGAGGGACGCCUAUGAGGAAUUCCUAAGAAGGCUGUUUGAGAGUGGUGAGCACAGUGACAUAACCUUUGUGGUGCAGGGGGAGAGUGUGCCCCUCCACCGCUGCCUCCUCUCGGCGCGUUCUGAGUAUUUCAGGGACAUGUUCUCCACCCGCUGGCAAGAGCGAACCACUGUCACCAUAAACAGAGGCCAGGUGCUGCCAGAUGCAUUUCGUGCGGUAAUGAAGUACAUCUACACAGGGAGGUUCGAGUGUCCUGUAGAGUUAGCUGAGUGCUGUAUAAGAAUUGGCACCAACUGUAAACUACCCAAUUUUAAAACUAUCAUACAAGAAGCCCAGAAGAAGGCGCAGGUGCUACAGCAAGGCAAGCAUGGGCUGGUGAGAGUGACACGAGUGGUGGUGGAGCCUGGGUCAUGUCAGGAUCAUGUUGGGUGGCAGAGUGUGGGGGCUGACCUACGGGAGUUGGCCCAGUCCACCUUACCGCUUGAUCUCCGCUUCUGGCCCACGGAAAUGCCCUUCUGCCAUACUCUGGACCAGACCAACUUUGCUGAUGUCUGCUUCAUGGUGGGCGAUCAUCCAUUUUAUUGCCAUAAGAUGUUCUUCUGUCCGAGGAGUGAGUACUUCCAGGCAUUGCUGAGGGACCACUUCCAAGAGACCAGCUGGCAGAAUACCUCUGGAUGCAGUCUGCCUGUGGUAUUCCUUCAUAACAUCUCCCCUGAAGUGUUUGCCACUCUGGUCCAUUACCUCUACUGCAACCAGACUAUUGUGAGUAUGGAGACGGCCAUGGAGGUGAUGAUGGUGGCAGACAUGUUCCUGGUGCCGGGCCUCACCAGGCAGUGUGGGGUGUACCUUGGGUCCUGCCUGCAGGUGCACAGUGUUGUCUCCAUCCUCAAGCUGGCCCGACUCUUCCAGUUGCCACGCCUUGAAGACCAGUGCGUGGCUUUCAUUGCCAAAAAUCUCGACCAGGUGGUGGAAUUGGAGCAGUUCCAGACACUGGUGCUGCAAGAUGCAGAGGAAGUGAAAGGUCGUCAAGAGACAGACUCUGUCCAGGUGGUGGAUGACUUGCGGCACCACAUCUCAUGUGGCGUGCAGACCAUCUCAGGCAUCCAGGAGGCGCGCACCAAGCUGGCCACCCUGGAGGCCUUGCUGGAGGAGCUGGGCAUUGAGGCCUAAGAGAAAGAGAGAGAGGGGGAGAGAGAGUGUGAGAGAGAGAGAGAGAGAGAGAGAGAGAGAGAAAGAGAGAGAGUGUGAGAGAGAGAGAGAG